AGCUGCUGGCAAAAAAUAUUUUUGGCUGUCGCGCAUUUUCAAUCGCGAAUUAAACGCUGCAGAUGUUUUUAACUCCUGCUGGACUCGAAUAGAAAACAAAUCUCAUCGAUUAUAAGUACUCGACGGCUAAAGUAAAGAAGUUUUUUUGGCUUGAAUCGGUUUUGUUGUUACGAUUUCGAUUUGCGUUGCUGUUUUUCGUGCAUUUUUUCGCAGUUCCCUUGCCCUGACACACACAAACAUCACAACCAAUGCCCGUGUGCAGCGUGCAAAUGCGUUUGUGUGGGAAAUUGUGCAAAAACCUGUGACGACAGCGCGGGGGAGUGGCAGGUGGGGGUGUGUAGAAAGAGUGUGUGUUGAAAGCGAAUUCAUUAUUUUUUUUGCGCUCUUUUGUGCCCGCCAUUAAAUUAAUAUAUUAAAGUGGCCGCUAGCUGCCGCAUCAUGGGCUUGAUUACCUCUCCCCUGCGAGUUCAGCAGCUAAAAACCAACCAACUGCUGUUUUCGAGAGUGUAAACAAACACACACAGUGUCACACACUCAUGCACACAUAGAUAUAUACAUACGCAGUACGCAUUAUUGUAACGAUCGCUGACUUCGACGCCGACGCCGACGCUGACGUCCUUCACCUUGCUGCGACUGCCCUCCGCAUAUUGAAUUUCACAUCUUUAUUCCUCCAUCUUUCGCCACCAUCGUCGUCAUCUUUUGUCUUGGCAACCUGUUCGCGGCCAGACAGGAAGUUUAGCCAAGUGCAGCCGCAGGCAGCGACGGAAGCAGUAACGCAACGCUUCGCUGCCAGCGUCGCCGCCAGCCGUCGCCGCUCAGCAGCUGCCAGAUCAGUCUCCAGAAAUUCGACAAAAAUCCCAGAUUUUCAAAAACAUUGGACAUGACCUCCACAGCGGCGGGCGAUGGCAGUCACAGCAGCGAGACGGCCUGGCUGGAGGAUCUGCUGCGCGAGGUGCAGCUGGAGCAGUUCCUGGACCGGAUACGCGAUGACCUGCAGGUGACCAGGCUGGCGCACUUCGACUACGUUCUGCCCGAGGAUCUGGAGCGAUGUGGCUUGGGCAAGCCGGCCAUCCGACGGCUCAUGGAGGCGGUGCGCAAAAAGAAGGCCCACCAGUGGCGGAAGAACAUCCUGUCCAAGCUGAUUGGCGGCGGCAAGCAGCCCUCGUCCAAGAAACAGCAGUCCGCGUCCAAGGACGCCACUCAGGGCAACGGCACCCAGCUAACCUGCCUCAUCCACGAGAAGGACAUCACACUGGGCCUGAAGCUGGGCGACGGCUCCUUCGGGGUGGUGCGUCGUGGCGAGUGGAGUGCCUCCCCAGCCGGAAAAGUGAUCCCGGUGGCCGUCAAGGUGCUAAAGUCCGAUAAUCUCACCCAGCCGGGCAUCAUCGAUGACUUCUUCCGCGAGGUGCAGGCCAUGCACGCGCUGGACCACUCGAAUCUCGUACGGCUGUACGGCGUGGUGCUGUCCCAGCCCAUGAUGAUGAUAACGGAGCUGGCGGAGCGCGGCUCCCUCCUGGACACACUCCGCAAGCAGUGCCGCCACACCUCACUAACCAUUAUUUGGAACUGGUCGGUUCAGAUCGUGACGGGCAUGGCCUAUCUGGAGCAGAAACGCUUCCUGCACCGAGAUCUCGCCUGCCGGAACGUCCUCCUGGCUGCUGGCAACAAGAUCAAGAUCGGAGACUUUGGGCUAAUGCGUGCUCUGCCGCAGGAGGACGACUGCUAUGUGAUGUCGGAGCAUAAGAAGGUACCCUUCCCCUGGUGUGCACCCGAAUCGCUGCGUUUUCGUCAGUUUUCGCACGCCUCCGACACUUGGAUGUUUGGGGUGACGCUCUGGGAAAUGUUCAGCUUUGGCGAGGAUCCCUGGGUGGGUCUCAAUGGCUCCCAGAUCCUGCGAAAAAUCGAUCGCGAGGGCGAACGACUCCACCAGCCAGAUGCCUGUCCUCCGGAUGUCUACGCCAUGAUGCUGCAGUGCUGGGAUAAGACACCACAAGAGCGUCCCACUUUUGCUGCUCUCAAAGAGUAUCUUGCCAGCAUGUCCCCUCCCGUGAUGCGCGCCACUCGCAGCUACCACGAAACAAAGGGCCUUCAGCUCGAUCCUGGCGACACGGUGGCUAUCAUUGAUGGGCGGCAGGAACUUAAACUGAUCAAGGGUCAGAAUCAGCGUACCUUCGAUAUCGGCAUCUUCCCACGGAGCUUGCUGGAGCAGCGGAAAGUGGGCGCCGCCUGCGACGUGGCCAUGAGGAACAGCCUGGGCAACGGAUCGUCUGCUUCUCCGUUUGGUUUCUGUUGGGGCGGAGCAGCUGCCAUGGCCAACGGAGAGUCCAGGCAAGCCAAGGGUGGAUCUGUGGCCUACCACAACCAUGCCAAGGAGCGAAAGUCCACGUCUAGCAAGCAGUUCGCCUACAACAAGUUGGUGAACGAAGCAGCGGCGGCGGGUCUGCAGCGGCGGAAUGCUGUGAAGCACAAGGGCUCGCUCGUGGGGCCACAACGGCCACCGCCACCUCAAUUCCAGCAGGAGGGAUUACUCAUUGAUAUUUCCCCGUCCGCUGGGAUCAUGGGGGGAGCGGGCGCAGGAGGAGACAGCUCCUCCCUCCAGGUGGAUAGCUCGUUUUGCAUUCUAGACGCUCCCAUUGACGUGCCCACUUUCGACGACAGCGGCGGUUCUAGGGAACGCUGUGCCUCGCCCACAUACUUCAAUGAGCAGCCGCAGUUCGAACUCGAUCAGAAUAACAUGGCAUCCACUUCCCCGGGCCGUUUGCAGCCGCCACCUUACCAGAUGCCUCCCACUUACUCCAACACCAUGGAAUUCGCCCAGAAGCGGGAUCAGAAUCAACAGCUAUCCACUCCAGGCAGGGAACUGGAUCCCUUCGACACCAGCAACGUGGACACAGCAGUAGCUCUCUACUCGAACUACAGCCAGUCUCUGGAGAUAGCUCCUCCUGCCCAAGCAGCUCCUAUCUACAGCAGUCCAUCCGUGCGAAAGAGUCUCUUUGGGGGACCCAAUGCGAAUAAGGAGAACAUACCUGCCCUCGAGUCAGCAGCCAUGCAGCUUAAUCUGAGUAAUCUAUCGCUGGAGCGGCAUGACACCAAUAUCGUCCAGCCAUUAGAACCUUCCGCUGCCGCUUCUGAGAGCGUGCUGCUGGACAAAUCCUUCAUUGCCGAGCUAGAGAAGGACAUGUACAGCAAUGGCCAGACCCGGGCGCAGGAGGAGUACCAGCGCAACUCCACACAAAUGUAUUCCAGCAAGGACAUGGUCUACAAGCAGAAUCUAACGCCCCUCAAGAAUGGAGUUCCCUCGAAUCAUUCCAGUCCCUCCUCAACCGUAUCGCCCAAGCAGAACAAUCUCGAGGCAGCAGCGGCAGCAGCUUCUACCCAGAGCGUGGUGAAUCGGAUUUGGUACGAGCAGGUGGCCACAUCCUCGGAGUACUAUGCCCAGCCGCCCAGGGAUCAGCCGGAGGAGCAGAUCUACCAGAAUCAUCAGCAACCAUCCAUGCAGCCGGAGGCCAAUCACUCGUUUGUGGCCAUUUCCAACCGGGUAGUGGCGCCCAAAAACAAUACCUACGCCUCAUCGGGCUCUCUCUACGAUGCAGUGGCAGCUAGCACGGCCGGAUCUACCUACUAUGGCCAGGUGCCAAAUGGAAGCGGAGCCGUGCUCUACGACGAAGUAGCCUCUGAUGAUUAUCUAAGGCCGCAUCGACCAGCUCCCCUGGCACCUCCGCCGCUAUCCGCGCAGCAAAUUCAAAGGCGAAUGGAGAAGAUGCGUCUGCAACAGCAGCAGCAACUGGAGGGAGCCCAUCAGCUGUACGCGCCAGUGCCCUCGGACUUCGGUCGCGAGCAGGAGAAGCUCCAGCAACUGAUGCAGGAACUGGGCAGCUCGGCGGUUGAGCAGGAUGUGCGCAACGCCCUGCGAGCUGCCAGCGGAGAUGUGGGCCUGGCCACGAGGCACUACAAGAUCGAUCAAUUGGCGCGACUGGGCGUAGCAGCACGCCCCCAGUGCGAACAGGCCCUGCAGCAGAGCAACUGGAGCCUGGAGGUGGCCGCGGAAAUGCUCCUGGCGGGUUAACUACACAAAAAUCACGUAUUACUAGCUCGAAUAUAAACGCUAUAUAGUUUUAUGUAAUUGCUGAACACGGAAUGCUGCAUAUCUCAGCUGCACAUUCUAUUCAUGUCUAUAGUUAGCGAAACCAAUAUCGAAAAUGAUGUCUCGAAUUAUUGUCAAAAUACUCCUAAGUGAAUGCACGAAUGCAAACACCUUAUCAACGACUGUACAAUAUGUUCUAUUUUAUAUAAGCGAUCGUAUAAAAUUAUUUUAUAAUUGUUAUUCGAUGACUAUAUAAUUCUUACCGCUGCGAGUGUAUUAUUUACAGGCAGGAUGUAUUCGUAAGCGGAAAUGGCUGCUAAUUAAGUAAUAAUGUCAAUGCAUGCAACAAUUAAUUUGUUUUCAAAUAAAAUUAAUUAUAUGUCAUUGUUAUAAAA